AUGGCCUUUCUCUGGAUCGUCUCGUGCUUCGCCUUCGUCAGCGCCGCCUAUGGCUGCGGAACCCCCUCCAUCGCCCCCCAGGUGUCAGGCUACGCCCGCAUCGUUAACGGUGAGGAGGCGGUGCCUCACUCCUGGCCCUGGCAGGUGUCCCUGCAGCAAUCCAGCGGCUUCCACUUCUGUGGAGGAUCUCUGAUCAACGAGAACUGGGUGGUGACCGCCGCCCACUGUAACGUCAGGACCUACCACAAUGUGGUCGCUGGAGAACAUAACAGGGGAUCCGGCUCCAACGAGGCCAUCCAGAAGCUGAAGCCCGCCAAGGUGUUCACCCACCCCCGCUGGAACCCCCAGACCAUCAACAAUGACAUCGCCCUCAUCAAGCUGUCCAGCCCUGCCAAGCUGGGCACCAACGUGUCCCCCGUCUGCCUGGCCGGCUCCGCUGAUGUCUUCUCCCCUGGCAUGUCCUGCGUCACCUCCGGCUGGGGUCUGACCCGCUACAACGCUCCCGGCACUCCCAACCUGCUCCAGCAGGCGGCGCUCCCCCUUCUGUCCAACGAUCAGUGCAAGAGACACUGGGGCAGCAGCAUCUCCGACGUCAUGAUCUGUGCUGGAGCAGCUGGAGCCACUUCCUGCAUGGGCGACUCCGGUGGUCCUCUGGUGUGUGAGAAGGAUAACGCCUGGACUCUGGUCGGUAUCGUGUCCUGGGGAAGCAGCCGUUGCUCCACCUCCACUCCCGCCGUCUACGCUCGCGUCACCGAGCUCCGCAGCUGGGUCGACCAGAUCCUGGCCCCGGGUUCGGGGAUAAAAGCUGAACGAGCAGGACACCUCUUCACCUUCAUCACCAUGGCCUUUCUCUGGAUCGUCUCGUGCUUCGCCUUCAUCAGCGCCGCCUAUGGCUGCGGAACCCCCUCCAUCGCCCCCCAGGUGUCAGGCUACGCCCGCAUCGUUAACGGUGAGGAGGCGGUGCCUCACUCCUGGCCCUGGCAGGUGUCCCUGCAGCAAUCCAGCGGCUUCCACUUCUGUGGAGGAUCUCUGAUCAACGAGAACUGGGUGGUGACCGCCGCCCACUGUAACGUCAGGACCUACCACAAUGUGGUCGCUGGAGAACAUAACAGGGGAUCCGGCUCCAACGAGGCCAUCCAGAAGCUGAAGCCCGCCAAGGUGUUCACCCACCCCCGCUGGAACCCCCAGACCAUCAACAACGACAUCGCCCUCAUCAAGCUGUCCAGCCCUGCCAAGCUGGGCACCAACGUGUCCCCCGUCUGCCUGGCCGGCUCCGCUGAUGUCUUCUCCCCUGGCAUGUCCUGCGUCACCUCCGGCUGGGGUCUGACCCGCUACAACGCUCCCGGCACUCCCAACCUGCUCCAGCAGGCGGCGCUCCCCCUUCUGUCCAACGAUCAGUGCAAGAGACACUGGGGCAGCAGCAUCUCCGACGUCAUGAUCUGUGCUGGAGCAGCUGGAGCCACUUCCUGCAUGGGCGACUCCGGUGGUCCUCUGGUGUGUGAGAAGGAUAACGCCUGGACUCUGGUCGGUAUCGUGUCCUGGGGAAGCAGCCGUUGCUCCACCUCCACUCCCGCCGUCUACGCUCGCGUCACCGAGCUCCGCAGCUGGGUCGACCAGAUCCUGGCCGCUAACUAAACCCUCAGGAGCUGAGCCGCCACCUAGUGGGGAAACAGAGGAACCCUGAGACCCCGCACCUUGGUCCCACGUCA